CUUUCCACAGCUGUAAGCUUUGCCUUGUAUCAUCUCCAGUCAUUUCCUCGGCUAAAGCCGUGUAACAUCCUUUUCUGUUUUAAUGAGGCUCCACAAUAGCCUCAUUAUCGUUGAGAUUAGAUAUCAAAUCUUCUUCCAUCAGUCAGUUUGGUGGAUCCUCCCUUGUACUAGUUACACAUUAACUAUCUUAGCUUUUGUCAUAGUGCACAAGCUGGUAUCAACUCAUAGAGCCGGCUGAUGAGCGAGCGAGCAAGUGGAUGAGUCGAGGAUCUUUCCCAGUGUCUGUGUUGAUCUUUGCUCAUGUGUUGUAUGUGUUCAUUUAGUUGUGUUGCAGCUACUUCUUCUGUACAAGGAAUUUAUCAUUCAAGGACUUUACAAGCAAGUUUGCUUUCAUGUAUGCAGAGGUUCAGCCAUUGUAGUUUAUACACACUGUAUGAAAGAAACAGGAAGUGGUAUACUGAUGGUCGUCAUUAGCAGAACUGUGAUGUUUUUUAGAGAAUUUUCCAUGCAUUGACUCAUGUUAUUAAAUGUGCAGUGUUGUGUUUUUGGUGUGAAUUUAUGGAGGAAGGCAGUCGAUAAAGGAAGAUCGAUUCCCUUUCCUGGUGCUUAGCGUGAACACCUUGGCAGAAUGGCCGCUGCCAUUGAUGAUGUCAUAAUGGACAAGGAGUACUCGGAACCAGAUGAGGACCAAAAUGAGGACCAAAAUGAAGACCAAAAUGGAGACUAUGAAAGUGAGGACCAAGACCUGAAUGGCUUAGACAGCGAAAUAGACCUGAUGAACGUUGGAAGCAACAAUUCGGGACAAAGCGACAGUUUACAAUCAAGGAAUACCCUAAAAAAUGAUAACCUGGCUCAGUUUGGUAUCCCACAAUGCUCUUGGACGGUACAUCUCAAUCAUAAAUACAAAGAAAAAUGGCGGCCAUUGAUGAGGGUCAGAGCACACCAGAUGAAGAGCUUUGUUCUUCCGUCGGUCAGAUAUGCCCAACUACACCUUAAAAUGCGGCGAGCAGGAAAAAGACCAUUCAUUGAUGUGUUACAUCCAAAGAAAUUUAAACCGGUAUAUGGUGUACCGGUAGGUGGUAUCGGGUGCGGUGCAAUAGAUCGGGGCUGGAAAGGAGACUUCUGUCGGUGGUCUCUCUCUCCAGGUCGAUACACUUAUGAUAAUGUGGAGUUAAAUCAGUUUACAGUGUGUGUUCGGAGAGGGGGUAAGACAGUCUACCAGCAGGUCCUUUCCCCUAACAAGCCUACUAACAAGAACCUAGCCCAGGCCUGGGAGUGGCAGUUUCCUGGUAACAGAGCAUCCUAUCAUGGUCUAUACCCCAGGGCCUGGACCAGGUACCUACUACCGGGACAGAACAUCACCCUCGUCUGUCGGCAGAUCUCGCCUGUCUUUCCACAUAACUAUCAGGAGACUUCACUGCCAGUGGGCGUCUUCGUAUGGGAUGUGUAUAACAACGGAACAGCAGCGGCCGAUGUCUCUAUUAUGUUCACAUGGAAGAAUGGGACAGGCACUUCUGCAGAUAAGAAGGGAGGAAGGUGGAACACAGGCUAUUCUUCUGCCUCUACCUCUGGUGUGUUAUUCCAUGAUGGUCAUCCUACGCAACCAUGUACUAUGUGUAUAGCAGCAGCUGAUGGGGAUGACGUGACGGUGACGACAUGUACAUCCUUUAAUCCUUCAUCUCAACUCAAAGAGCUCUGGAAUGACCUCAAAGCAGAUGGACAACUUAACACCACCAAGGGACCCAGUGACCGGACAGAGAAAGGUGAAACGUUAGGUGGUGCCGUAGUAUCAUCUUGCCAUGUAGAAGCCAAUGAACAGGGUCUACUAGAAUUUGCUCUCUCCUGGGAUAUGCCUAAGGUCCAGUUUGAAAGCUCAUCAUACUUCAGGCGAUACACGAGAUGGUUUGGUCGGGACGGGAACUCAGCCAUUGCCUUGUGUAGUCAUGCCCUCGAGGAGUAUAAGGAUUGGGAGAAACAUAUUAAUGAAUGGCAGGAUCCUAUUCUUAAGAAUGAAUUACUGCCUGCUUGGUACAAGUCGGCUCUCUUCAAUGAACUCUACUUCAUGACGGACGGCGGAGGAAUAUGGGUCGAUGUAGACGAAGAGUACCCUAAUGGCGAAAACAACACCCACACCAGGGCGCCCUCUCUUGUGAGAGAAUAUGGCAGAUUCGGGUAUUUAGAAGGUCAUGAAUACAGGAUGUAUAAUACCUAUGAUGUUCAUUUCUAUGCCUCUUUUGCACUCAUCAUGUUAUGGCCCAAACUGGAGCUCUCUGUGCAGUAUGACUUUGGUCACUAUGUAGAUCAUAAAGAUGAGGAUAGAUUUCAAGAUCUUACAUCAGGACUGAGCUCUAUAAGAAAGAGCACUGGAUGCGUCCCACAUGAUGCAGGCAAUCCAGAGGAGGAUCCUUGGUUGAAGCUGAAUUGCUACUGGUUCCACGAUACGGCUGAAUGGAAGGAUCUGAACCUGAAGAUGGUCCUGAUGGUAUACAGGGACUAUUUUAUCACCAAAGAUACAGAGUUCCUGGACUUCAUGUGGCCUAAAUGCAAGACUGUAAUGGCAAAGGCUGAUAGCCAAGACAAAGAUAGGGACGGACUGAUUGAUCACAUGGGGACAGCUGAUCAGACGUAUGAUGCUUGGACGUCUAAGGGAGUCAGUGCAUACUGUGGAAGCCUGUAUCUGGCUGCACUGAAGUGCAUGUGUGAGAUGGCCGUUCUUCAGAGAGACGACCAAGCCAAGCGACAAUAUUCUGAAAUACUUCAAAAAGGAAAGAAUACAUAUGAGAAGAAGCUCUGGAAUGGUCGAUACUUCAACUACGACAGCAGCGACCAGAGCUACCACGACAGCAUCAUGGCCGACCAGACCUGCGGUCACUGGUACCUCCGCGCUUGCGACCUGGUACCGGAUCAGGACCAGGUCUUCCUGGUGGACCACGUCAGGUCCGCUCUGCAUACCAUCUUUGAUAUGAACGUGAUGGGGAUCAAGGAGGGCACCUUCGGGGCGAUGAAUGGCAUGCGACCCAGCGGGAAGGUGGACCACACUAGUCUACAAGGAGAGGAGGUCUGGAUCGGAACCACCUACGCCCUGGCAGCCAACAUGAUACAGGAGGGUAUGUGGAAGGAAGGUUUCCAGACUGCCAAGGGAUGUUACACAACCUGUUACGAAGAAGCCGGUCUAGCCUAUCAGGUACCCGAAGCCUACAUGUCUAAAAAGAUCUACCGGUCAUUGGGUUACAUGAGACCCCUAGCCAUAUGGGCCAUGCAAUGGGCUGUGGAGAAGCAACAGAAGAAGCAGCAGGAAUGAUUAUCUCCUGCUAAGUUGCCCCUAUUCUUCAACAAAGUAACUUCAAGAAGCAGCAACAAGACUGAUCGUCUCGGGUCAAGUUCCCCCGACUCUUCAGUGAAACAACCUCGAGAUAGAAGCAUCAAUUGAUUUGCCUCUAAAGAAGAAGCAGCAAGAAUGAUAAUCUCUCCUAUUCUUUCAUUAGAGCAAAUGCAUUAGCAUCAAUACAUUUUCCUCUAAAAACAGAGAUGUGUCUAACCAGCUUUUUUGGAGUCAGAGGUCAAUUCUGUGUUGACUAGGACCAAGGUGAUUCAACAGCAAAGUAGUUGUGAUGUCAGCCAGCUAUGAAAUCUCUCGGCUCAAAAUAAUAAUUUCAACAAUGAUGAUAAUAAAUGGUAUUUUGGUAAAUGUGAUUUUUUUACAGGCUUGCUAUUAAAGAAAGCAUGAAUGUUUGUAAGCAAGCAAGCAACUAGGGGACCUAUGGCUUAAAGUCCGAAGGACUUGUAAUGCGGAUAAAUGCCUUACCAAAGAGUAUAAUGAUAGUGGUGUGUAUUUAUAGAGUGCACACACACACACCUUCCAAAGACAUUCAUGGUGCAAGAUCGGCAACAGUUCUCUUGUAGUGUAUAUGUAGCCCAUGCCUUAUUUCUUGGUGGCUUAAAAUAACUGGUUAUCCUCGAUUGCGUAUGAAAGGUAUUUUAAAUGUGUUUUUCUGAAAUCAUUAUUUAGUCUACAGAAAUUCCUUAGAAAUGCAGGUUUAAUUCCAUUAAUUAAAAUUUAACAAGCUGUCUGUGAACUCGUUAGUCUGUGGCUUAUGGUUGCAUCAAGAAACUACACAAUAAAAGGAGAUCUCCCUAUUAUAGUGGAAUCUCUUGUAACCACAGAACUUUGUUGCACUUUGGCGAAGUGUGAGUGAGGAGAGGUAAAUGACGUAUGUUUGCAAAAUCUAGGUCCUAUGCCAACUCUGCCAUUAUGGUUAUAGGGCUCAGCAGCCAAUCACAGUGAAGGAUUCCAUAGUUGCAAAUCUUCAUGAAAAAGGUCCAUAGUCUUCUCUGUCUUAGGUGACCGCUCAACUUAUAGAAAAGUUAAGGAAUUUGAGAAAAAAUACAGACCCCAGAACUCAAAAGGAUAUUUAUCAUUGAAAAUGAAUCAUGAAAAAAAUAAUUGGCGGAUAUGUUAAGGACUGUCACAUUGUUCCGUGCAAGCCUUGUGCGUGAGUUGCGAAUGACUUAAUUUUUCAUCUGCAGGCCUCCUGCAUUGGCAGUAUUUUGCAUGCAGUUGUCUCCAGGACCGCUGGCAAGUCUGAAUUGCCCUCAGAAAAGGUUUGAACAUGUCCAAAACUUGUUUGCGGGCGAGUUGCGGGUGAUUGCAAUGCUUGCACGGAUCGAUGUGACAGGGCCUUAAGCUACACAAAUAUCUAAUAUCAUUAUUAUUCAUUUUAUAGAACCUGGGUCCCGUAAUGCAAAGGUAAGCGAGUGAUCGUUUGCUUGAUUUUCAUGAUUGAUUGUACAUUGUAGUCAAUGCAAUCAAUCGUAGAAAAUUUGUUCUACGAUCAUUGCUAAGUUUUGUAUUACGGGCCCCAGGUUUCUCUUAUCUUUUUUUAAGAAGAUAAUUUGUACAUAGAGAAAUUGCACACAUACUUCAUUCUAAAAGCCCUAAGUGGUCUUUGUACGCCGACUGAGUUGAUUUGCAAUGUCUUCACAAAGGACACCGCACACCUUGCGAUUUGUCUGCGACCCAAUUUCGUAAUAAAACGUCAAAUUUGAUGGUAAUAUUGAGACAUGGAAUAUCUUACUGUGUAAUGUUUCAAAAAUCGUUGUACGAAUACCUAUGAUCAAAUUUGUGACUAUGCUGUCAUCCUUAUUAGAAUAAAAGCAAAUUUAAUAUCUGACAUCAUAGCAAUUGUAUGAUUGGCUACGAUUUAAAAUGAAUUCCGCCUUACUCCAAAUUAAGAGCUUGCCAUCAUCCAAAAUUGUUAUAUUAGUAAUAUUUCAGUUAGUUUGAACCUCAAAUAAAAAGAUAGUUUUCAUUCACAUUUUCAGAAAAUGAGCAAAAUGCGAUUUGCUCAAAACUCGGAUUGUGGACCAGUCGUAAGGUGUGCUGUGGCCUUAAAACUUCUGCACUCUUCCAUAAAGAUCCUUACUUCCACAUUUAGAGAAUACAAUUAUAUUCAGAAGUCACAAGAGAGAGUGCUCUUUCUCACGAUUCGUUAUUCUUGCCUCAUCUUUAUUAAAUUCAUACUUCUUGUACUUCCAAACUGACUGGCCGUCCAAGGAUAUUCCCCGCUAGUGGCCUUUUUAUACAUAGCUUUGAUAAUUGAUUGUACAUGUAUAAUUGCUCUCGAUUACCAAGCGUCUUAUUAAUCAAAUAUUUCUACUUUUUUCAAUCAAUUUAUAGUGCAUUAUUUCCUCCCCCUCAAGUUUUGAGCUAUUUUUUCUUAAAUUCCCAGAUGUGUACAUGACUGUAUGUAUGUAAGUUUGGAUAUUUACUGUUAUUUAUUUCAGUUAAUGUUCUUGGUGGUAUACACUUUGUCACUUUUUUUAUUUCACUAAUUCAUCAACUCCACCCGUACUUCAAUUUGCCAUUCUGUGGAUGGAGUAUGAUCAA